CAACUCCCUUCUCCUCCUCCUGUGCAGAUCUCCUGCAUGACCACAACAGACAAGAUGUGGCACCGAUGCUCGCGCUCCCUCCGCCGCCUGUCCGUCCACGCGUCUCCCCGCGCUGCUUCCAAGCCUCUCGCUUCCGAGGUUGCCGAUGCCUAUGCAGACCAUCAGCCCGCAUUCCCACGCCCCAACCGUCUCCUGCACUGCAGCAGCCUCUCUCUUCUGUCCUCCCGGAUGUACGCCUGGCAGCUGGAGGACUUCGAGGAGCAGCAGGUCGCCUACAGGUCGCCGGGCUGCGUCACGUGCAGGAUGUGCAGUCUUGAGAGCAUCAGACGGCCAGCGAUUGACCAGGGGGGCAGGCUGGAGGCUGGAGGGCUUCUUGGGGCGGUCAAGAGGGCCGGGUCAGGGCUUGGCCCAUCCAUCGACCGUGCGGGGAACUUUGUGAUGGAAGGAGAUCGAGCCCGAUCCAAGAGCGCUCCUUGACCCCAUCCCAGUAUGGCGUCAGUGUGGACACGUGUGUCAUCGGCAUGUGGCCUUUGUCCGAUAGGAAAUGUUGAUAGAGUCAUAGGUUAUUAUACUUGAGAGAUGCAAUGAACUGCUUCAUGAACUGCU